AUGGAGUUUAGCUCAGUAGAGGAGGGAGAAGAAUUUUAUAAUUUAUUUGCUAAAGUUACCGGAUUCAGUGUUAGAAAGGAUGAUGUGAAACGAGAUAAAAAUCAAAAUAUAGUAUCUCGUAAGUGGGUUUGUUCGAAAGAAGGAUAUCGACAUAGAGUGUGUUUAGAGAACGAAAAUCGAAAACGAGAACCUAAGGCAGUAACUCGAGUUGGUUGUGAGGCAACAUUUCGGAUUGGGUUUAACAAACAAAUGAACAAGUUGGUUGUGAAAGAGUUUAUGGCUGAUCAUAAUCAUCCUUUGGUGGAACAAAAAAAUGUCCAAUUCCUUCGAUCCCAUAGGGUCAUUAAAAAUGCAGAUAAAGCUCAAUUGAAUGCAAUGCGAGGUGUUGGCAUGGGAACUAGCCAAAUUAGGGAUUACAUGGUGCAACAAUCAGGUGGAUAUAACAAUGUUGGCUUCACAAAAAAAGAUCUAUAUAACCAUGUUGAUGCUGAUCGUAGAGUUCAUCUAAGAGAUGGUGAUGCAGAGGGUGCUUUGGCUUAUUUGUGUGGAAAGUCUGAAAUGGAUCCAUCAUUUUAUUACAAGUACAAUGUUGAUGAAGACAACCAUCUAGCAAACCUGUUUUGGGCAGAUUCUACUAGUAAAUUGGAUUACAGUUGUUUUGGAGAUGUGUUAGCAUUUGAUACAACUUAUCGGACUAAUGCUUAUAAAAAACCGUUGGUCAUACUAGUUGGCAUUAACCAACACCAUCAAACUAUAGUGUUUGGAUGUGCAUUAUUGGUAGAUGAGAGUGUUAGCACUUAUACUUGGGUCUUGGAGACUUUUUUGACGCAAUGA